AUGACCCUAGGUUUCUUCUCAGCUGUGAUUGAGGGAGACAUUGGAAAGUUGUCCACAGUGGUUGAAUUGUUCGAGGCCUAUCCCAGAUCCACAUGCGUCGCCCUUGGCUUCAGCUGCCAACCCUUCAGCCAUGCUGGAGAUCAGAGAGCUGGUCCUGACGAGAGGGCACUGUCGUUGCCCCAUGCUUUGUUCUUCAGUUGGGUGACUCAGGCACCAGCCAUCGUGAUUGAAUGUGUUUGCGAAGCGGCUUCAUCAGCCUUUGUCAAACAAGUAUUACAGGCCUUCACCAGUGUCACUCGAUAUGAGAAAAGCGAGACGAUCAUGGACCUGUCUUCCAUGUGGCCAUCCAAGAGGAAACGUUGGUGGUUGGUGCUGACGGUGAUCUCUCCGACAGUGAAGUACUCCAUCCUCCCGCUGCCUGAUCAUCAUUUUCAGGCCACAGGAGCGAUUUCUGGCUUUAGGAUGUCCAAGCGUAAGUUGCAGGAUCCUGCCCCUACCCCUGUGCCACGAUCAGGGGAUUCGUCCGAGUUGCAAUCAGCAUCAGUGAUCCCAAUUCCUAGAGAGCCAAUUUCGCAGGAUGGGGUUUCGCAUGCCCGAGUCUUGAAGCCUUUCGUUCGUGCUAGUGCACCAGAGGAGUUCGUUGAUUCGUCGAUCAGCAUUAUCCGUGUAUGUGACAACAGUGUUCAAGCAAUCAAGACCAAGGGAACAAUUUCAGUUGCCAGCUUCUUGAGAGCUGAAACCGCCAUCUCAGGGUGCAGGGGUCAAGUAUUCGAUAUUUUGGGCUGUCGCCUGACUGAUGAGGCAUUGCUUGAUCCAGGAAGCUUCUAUGUGUACACUGAGAGUGAUCAAAUCCCUGAGGCAAUGACUUCAAGAAUCACUUGGCUUUCUGCCAAUGGUGCCAGAGUUGCAGUUGAUGAGAUGGAAUUCUACAUCCGCACAGUGUCUACCACCUUCAAGAUGCCUUGGGUUCCUCCAAUGAUCAUUGAGGAUUUGGCCUCUGCGCCGACCAUUUCGGCAGCUUGGCUCUCUGAAGUUUCGGGCGCUCUUGAUGAGUCUGGCAUCGUUUCGGCCAUUCUGGCUAAUGGACAUUGGAUGCCUGUGAUCGUUCACCAGGCUCCCCAUGGCAAAACAAGGUUCAUCGUCACGCAAGCUGGGGUCUUUCGGCAGCAGAAUGGAGGUGAGCUUCCUCAGCUGAAAAUCAAUCAGAUCUCUCCCACUGCAGCAGGAUUGGCCUUGCUAGUCAUCUCGCCUAGCAAGUACUUGCUGGAUAAGUUUGGGGAGCUCAUUCGCUUUCCUGUGGUUUGCGUGCGGAGCCAAUGCUGGUCUCCGCACUGCUUCUGCAAAAGGACCUCGGCAAUUGAAUCGGUGUUGAAGCAGUCGGGAUCGCAUGGAUGCUACAUCGAGAUCAGAGCACCUGACGGGAAGAGAGAUGAUGUCAAUCACUACACGGUCUGGCUUCCGCGAAAGUCGUUGAGAGAGGCCCAAGCUGAGCAAGCCGCCAUCAAAGAGCCGUCCGCCAUCAUUCGUGUGGGGCACAG